AUGUCGCUCUCGUUUCUCUCGAAAAAGUCGUGGCACGUGGCGAACGUGAGCAACGUCGAGAAGGUCUGGCUGGCCGAGCAGAAGCUCGAGCAGGAGAAGAAGAAGCUCGAGGAGUACACCCACACGCUCAAGGAGGAGCGCCAGAAAGAGGAGCUGCUCCGGCUGCAGCAGGAGCAGGGCCUCGUCGCGCCGCGCAAGGAGCGCGUCGACUUUUUGUACGAGCAGCAGGAGACGGCCGCGUCCGCGUACCUGCUCGGAAAGCCCGUCGAGCUCAAGCCAGAAGACCACGACAUCAAGAAGGCGCCCGCCCUGGAGUAG